CGUUAAUCCCUUCAUUUCCUCCUCCUUGCCGGAAAACAGCCGCCGCCGCCGCUCAUUUUCGCUCAUUCGUAAGUUCUCUUCAUCAUCCUUCUUCUUCUCCAUGUUGAACCCUAUAGUACCAAAACUUAGAUUCUAGUAUUUUUCUUUCAAUCUACAGUGAUUUUCUUUCAAUCUAUGAAAUUGAUGUGUAUUUCUAUCUUCUGAAUAAUUAUACUAGACUUUUAUGUUUAUUUUUAUUUGAUAGAUUUUUUUGUUCUAUAUCAAAUUCGGAUUCCCACUAUUGGCAUAAACCCUAAUUCUUCAAAUUUGGAUAAGCUUGAAAAGUUGAAAUUGAUCGAUAGAAUCUCAAAUUGGAAGUGUAUAUGUGUAUUUGGUGCCUUUAGUUUCAUUGUACACUGUUCAAUUUGCCUAUCCAUAAAUAAUCAAAUUGAACCUUCCCUAAUUAUUCAUACAAAAAUCAUUUUUAUUUCAUUCCCAAAUCCAAUUUGAACCCUUUUUACUGAAAUUUAAGCAUAAAAUUUAAUUUUAAGUCCUUAACCAUUUAACUGUGCCUCUUAAUUCAAUUUCCCCCAGUUUUUAUGAUGAAUAGUUGUUUUCUUCUCGAUCAAAUCCCAGUUUUAUAAUUUAACUAUAGUUAAUUAAUAAUUCCUAGAUAAAUUUCGUAAAAAAUGUAGUUCUUAGAUAAAUUAAGAUUGUUUAGCUACUAUUUUAUACGUAAUUGUAUAAAGUAUGUGUUUGAAAUUGAUUUGGUGGGUACCUAUCCCUUCCUACGUUGUUAUAAGAUUGUUAAGGAACCACUUUAGGAGGUUGGUCACUCUAGGAAAUGGAAGGCUCACAAACCUGAUGAGAGGAGCCAAGUGUGAUCGGAUUUUGGGUAGGUGUUGGUUUUUUUAGGGUGGAUACGAAGCUCACUUGAUAGCCCUUCUCUUUCUAUGAGUUGGGCCAGUUCAAGAUGUGGGAUCAUGUGACCACAGGAAAGCCACGAGAACACUGAUAUUUUGCCAUGGCACACAAGACUAAAUAAGGCUACAAGAUAUUGAGUCAAAGAAAUAAUUUUUUGGUUUGGAUUAAUAGUGAGAGAAAGAAAAUGUGUUCCGAAUGAAAAGAACUUAUAAUGAUGUGUCUGUUAAAAGGGAGGAGGAAAGAGAAAAGGGAAGGAAGGAAGGAUAGUCCUCCAACUUGAAUGGGGUUUUGAUUUUUCUACAAAACACUCUCUCAAAUAAGGGAGUGUCAUUAUCACAUAUUAAAAAAGCAUGAAUUUUGCGUCGUCCUUGUGCAGAAGAUUGAAUAUCAAGGAACUUGUGACAAAUGUUCCUGUGUACAGAAGCACUAGUGAGGUUUCUGGAGAGGGGUUGAGUUUGGUGUUCCGUCGUUGGGCUACCAAAAGGACAGCUGGGUCCACAAAAAAUGGACGUGAUUCAAAACCUAAGAACCUUGGAGUGAAAAAAUUUGGUGGAGAGAGGGUGAUGCCCGGAAACAUCAUUGUUAGGCAGCGUGGUACUCGUUUUCAUCCAGGAAACUAUGUUGGAUGUGGGAAAGAUCAUACUCUUUAUGCUUUGAAAGAGGGAUCGUUGAAGUUUGAACGCAAUAAGCUGACUGGUCGCAAGUGGGUGCAUGUUGUGCCUAAGGAUGGUCAUGUUCUCCACCCUGUGUUUGCAUAUGCUUCGGCAAUCGAACCACAAGCUACUCUCUUAGAGUCUGACCAAUUUCAUGCAUGAUCGGUUUUUUUUGGCUUAUGUGAACUGAACUCCUAUAUUUUCUAUCUCUGAAGUAUGUUUUUUGGCACAUGGUUUCCUACUCAAAUAAUUUCAAAGAUUGAUUCUAGAAUGAAAUUAAUAGUAGGUGCUUCAGUUUUUUGCCCUUUUUUAUUUGUCAAAAUUGUCUUAACCAACUUUGUUAGUUAACAUUUAUCUUGGUUGAAUAAUUGUAUAAAGAUUUCUUUGGCUUAAAUAAUUCAUUUGAUGGUCUGGAAUUCACUAUUA